GCGGCAAAAUAGGAGACCCGGAAGUGACCUGACUUGAGCAAAAGCGACGGCACACCUUUCCGUUUCACUGCCAACUUAUCACACGUAAUGGCUUGAGCUGUUUUUUUGCGUCACAAUGGAACCGUCUCACAUCUUGAAAGGCGGUGUCCCUAACAGAUGCGGAAAAUAAAGAGGGAAGAGGCGGCCAACGUCUCAGGAAAGCAGCUUUGACGUGAGCUGCUUGUGGUGUUAUCCCAGCAUGUUGGUGACGGCGUACCUCGCCAUAAUUGUCCUGCUUGCCCUAUGCGUUGGCCUGGAGCUGGCGGCACGUCGCUUCGGCCCACCUCAGCCGAGCCAGACGGCCGCGGCCAACCCGGCCUUCCGCCGCUUCCAGAGUGUCUUCCUCCGGGCCUACCUCCUGGCCCUGUGGGCGGACUGGCUCCAGGGUCCUUACCUCUAUAAGCUGUACCGCCACUACAGCUUUUUGGAGUCGCAAAUUGCCAUCAUUUAUGUAUGCGGCUUGGCCUCUUGCGUGCUCUUUGCUCCCUUUUCAGGCUGGAUCCCCCAAGUCCUGGGUCGUAGACGGACCUGUCUACUCUUCUGCUUGUCCUACUCGGCCUGCUGCCUCACCAAGUUGUCCCGAGACUAUUUUGUUCUGAUAACCGGACGCAUCCUGGGCGGUCUAUCCACGUCCCUGCUCUCCACCACCUUUGAGGCCUGGUAUGUGCACAGGCAUGUCGCCGUCCACGAUUUUCCAAAGGAGUGGAUCCCGUGCACCUUCAGCAAAGCCGCCACGUGGAAUCACGGGCUGGCCGUGGCAGCCGGCCUGGUGGCCAACUUGUUUGCCGAAUGGCUGCACCUGGGACCCGUGGCUCCUUUUCUUCUGGCUGUCCCUUGUUUGGCGUGCUGUGCCUGGCUGGUGGUGAGCGACUGGGGCAAGGAAGAAGCGGAGGACGGCCCUGAAGGUGACAAAGGGACGCGCCUGCUGGGAGGCCCGGCCCGGAUGUCGGCAAAGGGCCGCUUCCUGCACAGCUGCCACGAUGGACUGCGCUGCUUGCUGUCAGACAGGAGGGUCAUGCUCUUGGGCGGCGUGCAGGCUCUGUUUGAAAGUGUCCUCUACAUCUUUGUUUUCCUGUGGACCCCGGUACUGGACCCUCACGGGCCUCCCCUAGGAAUCGUCUUCUCCUGCCUGAUGGCUGCCUCCAUGGUCGGCUCCUUAAUGUUCCGCUUGGCCACGUCGGCGCACUACCGUCUCCAGCCGGGCCACGUCCUCUGCUUGGCUGUUCUGAUGGCCUUUUUCUCCUUCUUCAUGUUGACUUUUUCCACGGCGCCAGGCCAGCCGAGACCGCGCGAGUCCUUCUUGGCCUUCCUGCUGCUGGAGCUGGCUUGUGGCCUCUACUUCCCGGCGCUCAGCUUCCUCCAGGGCAGGGUGAUCCCGGAGGAGAAGCGAGCCGGAGUGCUAGCUUGGUUCCGCCUGCCUCUUCAUCUGCUGGCCUGCUUGGGGCUGCUGGCGCUCCACGGCGAGGUGUCGGGCGCGGGCGGAGGGGAAGGGGGCGGCGGUACCAGGCACAUGUUUGGCGGCUGCGCGCUUAUGAUGCUGGCGGCCUUGAUGGCCGUCGUCAGUUUGUUCGCGCUGGGCAGGAAUGACUCGGACCUUAGACUGGAGGGAACCAGAGCAGAAGGCGAAAUGUACUAAGGCGUCGACAAUGCGGCGCAAGUUUUCUUACAGACGCUGUCAUGUCAUUUCUUUGCAGCUAAGGUUAGAAAGCAAGAAAGGGUCAGAAAAUAAAUUUGACCUCAACUCUACGUACCUAUGCAUUUUUUUUUUUUAUACCAUACCUGAGUGACCAUGUAAAUGCAUCACUGCUAUUUCUGACUGUGAAUGGCGAAAGAAGGGUCUGAAUAAUAUUUAAUCAAUUUACAAGGUUUUGUUGUAAUUUUGUAAUCUUGAAGCAGUCAGUCACUAAAAGAGCAACACUCAGUGGGCCGAUCCGCUUGACAGUCCCUCCUUUUUUGGGGAGUGAAGUCCGGUGAUUAACUUCCGUCUGAAGUUUGUAUCUUGCUUCAUAAGCGAGAUAUUCACAUGGCCUGGCAAAGUAAUUAGUGUUGUUCUGUGGGUCUGAGUUUUCAAAAGCAAGUCAAUUCAUCUCAUGUGUGGAGAAAAAAUCUGAGAUGAUUCAAUGUUUUAGCUGGGGCCGCUUUAAUAUGGGGCAGGCUUGGGGAUAAAGUCUUACACGUGUGAAAAUAGAGUUGGAUUUUCAUAAUCAUGUAUGUCAGGGUUUUCCAAAACUAUCUUGAUCAUAUGAUUAUGUUGGAAUGUAUGUAACCAGUAAUGAAUAACCUUGGUAGAUUAGUUUUAUGCUUAUGUUGGUGUGUAACCAGUAAUAAAUAACCUAGCUUGUUCCAUCCUACACAAUGUCGUAAAACAUCCCCUGCUCUGCUAAUCUAGAGGUCAAGGGCCUUUCUUACUUGUCUAUUCAGUCUACGGUCACCCCCACCCUUUUUCUCUUAAUAAAGAUGGUCUUGUGGGAAGCGAGAGUCAGACGUCAUUCGAUCAUUGUUGUACGCACAGUGACGAAUGGACUCUCCGCCUGCAGGUGCCCAAAACGACUAA